AAUGAAAUUAUCGAUUGACAAGUCAGAUAUACUAUCUCUUAAAGAUGAAAAUAGAAGCGUAAAAACAUUUAAUCACGAGGAAUCUCAUAAAAUUCAAGCUUGCUUCUUGCUUCUUGCCUUUGUGACAGUUUAUAUUCUGGCGAUCACACAACUGGGAAACGAUAUACGUUUUUAUGUUGCCAACUAUAUCUUUCUCUAUCAAGAUAUUAGCUUUAUUUUCCAUAAGAGAAAACAUGUACAAUGUGUAUCAGUUCACGUUGCUGCUUAUGACAUUUUCCGCCUUUGAGGUCACAUUUAAUAUGUGGAUAAUAUCUAUCACAAGUGGUCUAAACAGUUUUCCAGACACACAUAAUAGAGAUAAUGCUAUCCUGGUAUGUUGGUCACCUUGGUAUCAGUCACUCAAAGUAAGUUCACCCAAGGUUUCGAGAAUUGUUUGAAUGUAGAUGAGGAAACAUGUACAAGGCAAUUGUCCGCUGUGUUGCGCUAAUAGUAAUCCAUAAUCAUUCAUCUUCUGCAACGCUGGACGCUGAUGAUGUUCGAGCUCCGUUUGGUCCUAAACUGUGUGUCGAGUGGUGUCAGAGACUUCCGAAGUGUCGCUCUCCAAUCUUAGUCACCCAUGACUUGUCAUGUCAUUUUAAAAAUACAGUUGUCGACCACUGAAUUCAACGGCAACGUAUAUGAUCAUCGUGAAUGAGACACAUUGCCCUGACAGCCGUCGACGACAGAAGACCAUUGGGACCAGGAAUCCAAGAUUCGACACCCUACCUGGUGGGACUCGGAAGAACGCGGAAUCCCACAUAUAUCUUUUGAAAGACAGUGAACUACUUGUAUAUGCACCAGUUAUACGGUCAUGGAGGGUUGUGAGACACCGGCAAAAUACCAGGGAAUAUGUUAAGGAAAUAGCAGGUGGGGAUGACAACUCGAGAGUCUACUAUCUGGCUACUGACGGUCAUCAUUACAACAUCAGCUACUACGACGUCAGCCGCAGCAAUCCUACCGAGCCAACACCGAUUGUGGGACAUGGAAGAUUAGAAUUAACUGUCGAAAUGGCUGUCGAUGAUGGUGCUGGACUUAUAUUUGUUUUGAGCGUUACCAACACGAGACAGUGUCGACUUCUUGUGUUCAAGAACAAAGAGAUCUCUAAGAACAUCCUUCUGGAGAUGUAUCACUAUGGGAGCGUCGAUGUCGACAGGGCCCACAGGAAGUUGUAUAUCGCCUACACGUGGCCAGACACUGCCUAUGUGGGGAAAGUGGAUUACGAAGGAUGGGUGUGCGACAAGAUCAGACUACCUGGACAAUACCCCGCGUCACUGGCAUACGACCCGAGAGACAAUGUAGUAUAUGGGCUGGUCACUGACAUGGGCAAGCAGCUUGUGUACUUCUUUGACUUUUCGGACGGGUCAGCAAAAAGAGCGAAUAUGAUCCCAGGAGGAAUGCAACCUAACAUCAUACUGAUCGGUUUGACGACGUUUGCACUGAUUGGAAGAAACGCGGGAGUGCUGUAUGACAGAAAGAUUUCAGGAAGGACAAACAUCGACGGAAGAAAAUCUGAAUCUGGUGUCAUCUUGGAAUAUUCUUGACAUUUUCCAGCUGCACGGGAAUAGUGUGACUGUUCCUCUACUCCCAGAAAGCAAUGAAGGAUUUCGUCAGUUUUUUAAAGUCAUCGUGUAUCCUACACAGUGUAUUACCAAGUCCUAUUUGUGCACCACUAUGGGUUGUUAUGAGAAAUAAAAC